CCUUGAUCUUAAGCUUUAUCUAAAGAAGAUACCGUGCAUCUCCACUGCAUCUCUCAAAUGGUACAACUAUGGAGGCCAGGAUCAAGCAAAAAGACGUGGAUUGCGACCUGGUAGACGUGUUGCAUCCUGCCAGAUUGGCAGUCCUGAUGAGGUGUCUGAGCCAUGUGGUCCGCUGAGAGCAUGGAGCCAGAGAAAGCACACACCCAGAGCAGCUUCUUCACCAAGGUGGACGUGCCAGACCAUGCUCACUACAUCGUUGCUUUGUUCGUCUUCGUCAUCGGGACGCUGGGCAUCACCGGCAAUGCUCUGGUUAUGUUUGCCUUCUAUAGUAACAAGAAGCUUCGUAAUCUGCCCAACUACUUCAUCAUGAACUUGGCGGUCAGCGACUUCCUCAUGGCCUUCACACAGUCACCUAUCUUCUUCAUCAACUGUCUCUACAAGGAAUGGGUGUUUGGAGAGAUGGGCUGUAAGUUGUACGCAUUCUGUGGCGCCCUGUUCGGCAUUGCCUCCAUGAUCAACCUACUGGCAAUCUCCAUCGACCGCUACAUGGUUAUCACCAAGCCCCUGCAGGCGAUUCACUGGAGCUCCAAGAGAAGAACUGCAUUGGCAAUCCUCAUGGUCUGGCUGUACUCUCUGGCCUGGAGUCUGGCUCCUCUCGUUGGCUGGAGCUCUUAUAUCCCAGAGGGUCUGAUGACGUCAUGCACAUGGGAUUACGUCACAUACACAUUGGCCAACAGGAGCUACACGAUGAUGCUUUGCUGUUUUGUUUUCUUUAUUCCUCUGGGAAUCAUCUUUUAUUGCUAUCUGCUCAUGUUUCUGGCCAUACGGAAGACUGGCAGGGAGGUAGAGCGUCUGGGGACUCAGGUGAGGAAAUCCACCCUCAUCCAGCAGAAGUCCAUCAAGAGCGAGUGGAAGUUGGCGAAGAUCGCCUUUGUCGUCAUUGUGGUCUAUGUUCUCUCCUGGUCACCGUAUGCCUGCGUCACACUGAUUUCCUGGGCAGGGCACGCCAACAUCUUGUCGCCAUACUCCAAGGCCGUCCCUGCAAUCAUAGCAAAAGCCUCCACCAUCUACAAUCCCUUCAUCUAUGCAAUCAUACAUAACAAAUACAGGAUGACUCUAGCAGAGAAGUUUCCCUGCCUCUGGUUUCUCUCUCCUACUCCUCGGAAGGACUGCGCCUCCUCCUCCAUCAGCGAGUUGUCUUACAGGGACUCCAUCAUCAGCAGACAAUCCACAGCAUCAAGGACACACUUCAUUACAGCAGCCUCCAACUCCACAGACAUGGUGUUGAGGGAUGUAGAGAUGGAGCCUUUGGGCAGAAGGUCAGGUGAUUCCUUCAGAAGCAUGUCUUCUCACGGUCAGUCUUGCAGAGGGAGGUCCUAUAAGAAACAAUUGGAGCGGAAAGCAACAAAGACCCAUGCACCAGAGAAGUGUCCGUCCACCAUGAAUGAACCAUCGAGCACUUGUGAGCAUGAAUUGGUUUCCAGCUCUCUUACCAUCGCCACUGUCCCCCUGCUAGUUCUUACCAGGAGGCGCAGCCAGAGUCUGACCAAUGAUAUUUCAGACCCUGGGGAGGAGAAACGCAGCAUCAGUGGUCAGCUCAACAGCCUCAAGAGCGACUCUUUCGACUCCCUCAAUUUCAGAACAAUCCCAUUCACCAAUCCCAAGUUGCCUCAGGGCAUCCCCCGCAUAAUCGUCAUCAGUCCCACUUCUGAGAGCAGCCUCAUCAACCAGGACAGUGUGUGCAUGGAGGAGAGCAUUGAGGCAAUGGAGAACAAUACCUUUGUCAGUCUGAACUUCUCGUCAGAAGUGUUCGAGGCAGUGGAGCUGCUCUCGUGAUGAGCUGGACUUCAAUACUUACCCUUUUUUUUUUUCCAUUAAAGCUAGUAAACUUUUGACCACAGAUCUCACACACACACAUACUCCUCUCUACAAACUCACACUUCUUCAUCCACUGAAAUUAAUCUUUCAACAGUUUUUGACUCCUUUGUAAAUCAAAGCUAUGCUACCCUGUUCCUUCGAUAGCCGGAGCGCAGAGGAAAAGCUGGUGAAACAAAAUGACCUGGUUGCUGGUAUGCAGAGUGCACUGUCUGUCAGACUUGGCAGGGACACGGGCACCCUGAGGGGGCAGCACGGGUUACAGCAUAGUUUUCUUAGAUCCCACAAAUAUGACAAGUGCAACAUGUUUUCAUGAGCCUGGGGCGUAAGCUUGACGGGAUGGGGUUUUAGUUUGUCUGUUCACACCGAGGUGGAAUUGUGAUAUAAAGCUUUGAGCUGAAAUGUUUAUGAUGUCAUUUAUUUAGGUCCACAUAAUGUGAUCUCUAGACUCCAGUUCAGGGUAAUGAAUAAAAACACUUCAUGAAAUUGGUUUACUAGACUAACUAGGACCACAUCAUCAUUAAUGUGAUGAUGGGAUGUAUGAAAACACUGCAGGAGAUUCUCCAGUCAGCAACAAAGACAUCUCUGGAGGAUUCAGGUGGCUCUUAUCAGCAAAACCUCUCUUCAUCUGCAUCUUCUAAGUGCACGGCACCGCGUCUCCAUCCUGAGAUAAUUGUUUCCUAUUUUGGGGGGGAAGUUUUGCAUGUUAGAAACAUGAUCAAGGUGCCCACUCACUUGAAUUCUCCUGACAAUAUCCUGCUACGUUCUCACAUGUGCUCCUUCGGCUAUUAUCUGGACCCUUUGGUAGAGGGCUGGCAGGAGAAACUACGCAGAAUUUCCGCAGCCUCUCUGUCAUUUGUGU